AAACAGGAAGAGCUGUGCUGGAGUCAGUUUUGUGCAGAGCUGAGGAAGGCAGGGAUCUGCCUGCUCUUUCCCAGCAUGUUACAGUGGCUCAGACCUCGAAAAGGUUGCUGAUAAUGUUCAUUGUGUCACUGUGAGGAACUUUAAAUUAUGGAGAGUUUGGCAGUGGCUGGUGGCACACCUAUGCUCAGCACUAACACCAUUGUCCCUGCUGUGGAGGGAGAGCAAGACAGGAAUUUGGAGGGGGAAGAAACAGAGCAGGGAAUGUGCAGGUGUGACCACAAACAUGUGGAGAGCAAUGCUGCCAUCAGCUCUGGCAGGGAUGGAGAUGGGAUGGACACGUUGCGAGAACAAACGGAGUGUUCUCCAAGUGAAAAAUGCGUGAAUGUCAGUUCAAGGACCUUUCCCAGUCAGGCAGAGAAUUUUCCAACUGAUAUCUCCUUGAAGUUAACAAUGGUAAAAAGGAAGAGUGGGUGUCCUGAUCCCAGGCUCCAAAGACAGCUCAGAGGGCAACUCCGUCUUCUGGAAAAUGACAGCAAGGAGGUGAUGGCUGUCUUCAGUGAGCUUUCUGCCAGACUCCUGUCUAUUCACAGUGACCAAGAUUUAAUAGUGGUGACAUUUAAAACUUUUGAAGAAAUAUGGAAGUUUCUAACCUACCACUCACUGGGUUUUAUAAAUCAUUGCAUGGAGAAUUUAUUCCUAGACCAGUCUUUCUGGCUAUAUUCCCAAGAGGAGGAAGAUGCAGGUAUUGAAGUCUGUAUAAAUGAAAAAUCAUUAAAUUUGAUGUACAGAAGUCUGCUAGUACAGGAAGGAUCUUUUUUUGUUUUGUAUCCUGAUAAUACCAUACAAAAGAUGAUGGUUACAGACAAUGAAACAACUUAUUUUGAGACUGGGGCUUCUACUGAAGAUUCAGCAGGUGGAUCAGUGGAUAGUGACAUGCCCAUGUGGUCUAAGGCUUCUCUGGAGCCACUGGAGCCUUUCCAUCAAUGGUUUCUUAAAGGGUAUUCUAAUCCCAUUGAUUUUGCAUAUAAAGAUGAAUCUAAAUCCAUCAGAAAAGUUGCAAUGGGAUCCUGUCUAGCUGUGAUGAAUUAUGAAAGUAUUGUGUCAGAAGAGCUGAGUUUCCAGGAAGGGGACAAAAUUGAAAUCCUUGGCUACUUCAUUGAAUGCAUGGAAUGGUUUCUUGGAAGACAUGUGUUUACUGGCCAAAUAGGUUUUGUAAAGACAGAUCAUGUUAAGCUGGACUUAUCUAGAAAUAAACCACAAGAUCUGGAUUUUCUUGAAGAAGAAGAACUAUCUUUUUUUUCAAAAGAAAAAAGUUUGGAAGAAAUAGUACAUUUGUUGAAACGAACCUCCAUCACAGAUGUUUGCUCCGUGUACAGAAUAGAUGAAUUAGAAGAACCUGAAUUUCAGAAAGAUUAUGAAUGUGAAAUUCCACGCUCACCUUCUAGCCCAGGAUCCACUAGCAAAAAUGGCAAGAUAGAAAAAUUGCUGAAGAACUUGAAAAAUUUGGAGGCCACUCAAGCUGAAGAGCCAGCUGCUGAAGGGAAGGAAUCUGCUGGUUCUUCAAAGACUGAAAUAUUUCCUCUGCCUGAAGGGCCUUGUUUCCACAUACGUCAAGAAAAUAUUCAAGCAUCUGACAUCUUUGAGCCACUGUUACUCUUUUUAAAUCGGAAGGAGUAUGAGAGCAGCUUCAAAAGCCUGUAUGAUUUCUAUUAUUCAUUUACCAGUAGCAUGUUUCAUGGGUUUUCAGAAGAAGAAGAACUGGUUAGUUUUUUAAGAUUAGCGAGGGAAGCAGCAAAGAAAGCAGGUCUGUCCUGGGCACUAGCAAGGCUGUGCUUUCUCUUAGGCAGGCUGAGUGUCAAAAAGCUGAAGUUUUCCCAAGCUCGAGUGUAUUUUGAGGAAGCACUGAGAGCAGUAGCUGGAGGGUUUAGUGAUUUGUACUUUGUGAUUGCUCUUUAUACAAAUCUAACAGUCAUCUACUUGACCCAGAAAAACAAAGAAAAGUGCACUCAUAUUUUUGACAAGGCUGCAUCACUUCUCAUGGGAAUUCCCAACUACAUUUGCAGUGCUGACCUGGAAUCAGACAUACUGAAGUAUGCUCUGAAGAGGACAGUUUUGAGCCAGAACAAACAUGCAGAGGCAAGAGCAUGCUUUCUGCUGGCAAAACAUUACAGUGCACGCAAACAACACCAAGAGGCGCUGCCAUUCUUGGAAAGAUUUCAGCUAUUGCUCAAUGACCUGGGUUUACAAAACAGUUUAUCCAACAACUGUUACUUCAAACUGGCAGAGUCCUACCAUGAAAAGUGUUUGCCACACAUUGUAUUAAGCUGCAUAAAGGUUACCUCUCCCCAGAGCUCCAGUACCUUAAUGGAUUCCCUGAAAAGGAUUGAUUUAGUCAUCAAAAAUGCUCCCAAACUAUAUGGACUGAGAAAACUCAGGCAAAUAUUCCCAUCUCAAAUUGCACCUUACCUCACACAAGCACUUUCUUCUGUGUUUACUAAUGAGGAGGAAGGCCUGUGCAGCAUUAUCUAUCUCUGCUUAGCAAAGCUGUACAGCCACCACAAACAGUAUGCAAAAGCCAUUGCUUACAUGAUGAAAGCACUGGACUCUGCCUCUGCUAAGCCAGAGGAAACUAUCAACUAUUUGGUUUCACUUGCCUGGCUGUACGUUCUUUACAAGCAGUAUGAUGUGGCUUUAGCCAUUUUAAAUGCUGUUGUAGACUCUGCAUGGAGCAGUCCUCAGCAGCUCGGCAUCGCUUACAACAUGCUUGCCAUUGCUUUGAAAAGGACAAACAACACAAAAGAAGCUGCUGAGAGCUACUACAAAGCACUGUGUCUUUCAGAAGAGACUGAGAUGACCCAUAACCAAGCCAUAGCCCUGGCUAAUUUUGGGGCACUCUGUCUGCAUGCAGCAGCCAGCAAGCUGGCAGAACAUUAUUUUAUGAGGGCAGUUAAGCUAUUCUGCAAGCUUCCAAUUAUGGACUGUGGUCAAGACUUUACCCAAGUCCUCCUUCAGCUGGGAUGUUAUUAUGUUGGUGGGACCGAAAGAGAGAAAGGAAGGUUUUACUAUGAAUGGGCUUUUUUAGUUGCACUGGAGACAAGUCAUCUGGAGAGUCAACUACAAGCCAUUAAACUGCUGUGUCAGUUCUACAGUACAGUUGUUCCAAAUGAGACUCAAUGUGUCAUCUACAAUGAAUAUCAACUAUCUUUAGCCAGAAAGAUGUCCAACAAAGUUCUGGAGGGACAAAUUUUGGAAACCAUUAGUCAGCUCUAUUUGUCUUUAGGAACAGAAAGGGCCUACAGGUCAGCUCUGGAAUACACCAAAAGAAGCCUUGGAAUAUUUAUAGAUCUCCAGAAAAAAGAAAAGGAGGCAUAUGCUUGGCUCCGGGCAGGAAAGAUAUAUUAUGUUCUGAGACAGAAUGAGCUUGUGGAUCUUUAUAUUCAGGUGUGUUGUCAACACUUACAGGCACGCACAUGGUGUCAGUGUUGUGCAGGUGGCAUGGCAAGAGUUGCUCAGGAUGCUGCCCUUUGCACAGGAGAUCCAAAUUUAGGAAUGGAAUUGUUUGAGGCUGCUGGAGACAUAUUUUUUGAUGGUGCUUGGGAAAAGGAGAAAGCAGUGACUUUCUACAGGGACAGGGCUCUCCCACUUGCUCUUCGGACUGGCAACAAAAUCACUGAACUCAGAUUAUGCAAUAAAUUGGUGGAAUUGCUGAUGAAUCUAAAGGCUUAUGAGGAAAGUCUGGAAUAUGCAAGAGUAGCUCUUGUCCUCAGUGUAAAGUUAGGAAAUCAGCUAAAUGAAAGAAUAGCUUACCAUCGCCUGGCAGCCAUCCAUCACCAUUUGGGUCACUGUGAACUAGCUGAACACUUCUAUUUAAAGGCCUUGUCCCUCUGUUCCUCUCCUCUGGAGUUUGAGGAGGAAGCACUCUAUUAUGUCAAGGUGUACUUGGUCUUAGGAGAUAUUAUAUUCUAUGACCUUAAGGACCCCUUUGAUGCAGCUGGCUAUUACCACCUGGCACUCGCUGCUGCCAUGGACCUGGGCAAUAAAAAAGCUCAACUGAAGAUUUACACCAGACUUGCUGUGAUCUACCAUAACUUCCUUGUGGAUCGGGAAAUGUCUCUCUUCUUCUACCAAAAGGCAAGAACCUUUGCAACAGAGCUGAAUGUAAGGAGAAUAAAUUUAGCUCCUGAUCAGUGUUACAAGAGCUCAUAAGCAUUUUUGGAAAAUGCAGCCUAACUACUGUGGAGGUACCUAAGGAAAUACUGGCUUUGUAGGAGGAUGAAGGCUGCAUUCAGUGACUCAUUAUCUGUGUGCUGUAAGGUGGAGCUCCUCAUCCCAGACUAAAUUACCAGUUUAUAUGACAGUGAACUACAUUUCAUUGUCUUUAAGAUACAGUCUUGUCCUUGUUGUUUAAGGAUCUGUCUGUGAUCUAAAACCAAAACCCAACAGUCUCUUUUUUCCAAAUUACAAUUUUCUUUGCUAUAUCUUUCUGCCUUGAUGGAUACUGAAAAAUGAUUAAUGCAUAGAUUCAAUGAAAAAUAUUUAAUAAAGUGUUACAGAAGAAAAACCACUCAAUA